AGCGUAUUUUGCAUUGAUAUUACCUACGAAGAUGUCAUGCGUAGACAAUGUAACGUUGACGACUGGAAAGUCGCCUCGUCUAGGUCAUAUUUACUUCGUCUGGAUCAAUCAAUUUCACUGAGUGACCGAGACACCGGUGGCACAUUUGUCCUCCACGUCGAGGACACACGGGGUCUGUCGGGGGGAGUAAAUACUACGUGGAUUGAUCCUGGUUCUAACGUUCGGCUGAAUUAUUCCACGUGUGACAAAUUCCAAUCCAUAUUGGAAAAGUCUACUUCUCAGUUGAACAAAGUACUGUGUGAAACUCGUGAACUGUUUGAGUCCACUAUUCCAGUUGAAUUCAGACACUACUUUGCACAAACAUCACCUGUUGUGGGGUUAGCAGCGGAACCGGUGUUUCAUUCCGUGCAAGAUCCUGUGACAAUGAAGCUGGAUGCCGAAUGCACAGACAUGGAGCCGAAUUUGAGUGUUCAGCCGGAGCGGUAUGCUGCAGACGGAUUAUUUGAGUGA